AUGAAGACGACGGCAACGGCCACGUCAGCGAGACACGAGGCACCGACCGCGAGACAUGAGGCGUCGGCCUCGUGGUCACUGCAGCCCGUGCGCUUCAUGCAACUGGCGCUCGCGACUGCUGUGUUCCUCUCCCUGUCGUACAUAUGGCAGUUCACGAUGGAGGCGGUCCGGACCCCAUCACCGACUGCUCGUGAGUCGACGAACGCCCACACUUUGGCGGCACAGGCGGCAGAUGGGGUCCUGACCGUCCAACGCGACCGUUCGCACGCCCAUACGUACUAUGUGGUGCGCGGGUUCGAAGAGGCGCACCGACUCGUGCGCGAGUACGACGUCGAGACGCAAGGGCCGCUGUUCCUGCUGUUCGUGAGCGACACGAGUGCCAAUGGCUCGUACUGGUUCCGCCCGUGUCAAAUGGUCAAAGACGCCGUGUACAAGGGCUUCGAGCGGGCCCCUCGUCGCUCGCGAUUGGCUGAAAUUCGAGUUGGCUCGGAGAGCUACUGGAACAACCUGAUGAACCCAUUUCGGCAGAACCAGCUGUUCUACAUUGACUACUUGCCGACUUUGAUGCGGUAUGACGGAGGCGGCAAUUCGUCGGCGUUGCUUGCAGGCCCUAAUUGCCUGAAUCCAGACUUGCUGGACGUGGUGUUUCGAGUGAGCAAACCCGUGGCAGGCGCGCCGCACCGCAACCGCGUGGUGCACUGCACCACCGCGAAGCAAGUGAGGGACUACCUUGCUCUCUACGACUACAGCUACCCGCUGUUUUUGUUUUUCGUCUCGGGCGUCCACGCUUUCAACAGCCGACUGUGGUGUCCGUUCUGCGACAAAGCAGAAGUGCCGGUGAUGCACUUUUUCAACUAUACGGCGCCCGACACGGCCGUGAUGCUGCGCAUUGUCGUUGCGAGCACGCCGCACCAGUGGUUUGAGGAAGACAAUGACUUUGUCGGCCCCGAGUUCAGCAGCGAAGUUCUCGUGUUUGACGGCGUGCCCUAUCUGGGCAUUGUCGACAGAAACCGGACGAGCAACAAGGUCAUGAUGCGGGAGUUUGUGGCCGGCGUCGACCAGCACGACAAGUUGCAAGCAUUUUUCCGACAGAAGGCGCCGGGGGCAUCGGUCGUCCCUACAGCCACACCACGUCUUCUGCAAGACAGAUAG